AUGUUGCCCUGCUUCCGCAGCCGGGUCGCGACCCUCUCCUCCACCUUCACCCCCCGAUUCGCCGCCCGGGCCAGCUACUCGACCACCGUCCCUCGCCUCUCCGAGAACUUCAUCCCUGCCAACGACCCGACCCCGCCUACCGCUAAGCCGAAUGUCUCUGGCACCAAUGCUACUCCCGUUGACGCCAUGGGCGGCUGGGAUGCUCCCCUGAGGGAGGAACCCGAGGCGGGCGAGCGCACCCGUCACCUCCAGGCUCCCAACCGGGCCACCACCUGGGCUGCCAGCCAGCAGCCGAAGGAGAAGGCCAUGGUUGGUCCUCGCUUCGAGCAGACGAUAAUGGAGUUGCAGCCCCAACCCUUGGCUGCCAUUGAGCUCAUCCACAGACAGCCCGUCCGCUGGACGAAAAAGCGCGUCGUCAGCUGUGACGGUGGUGGCGGUCCCCUGGGCCACCCCAAGGUCUUCAUCAACACCGACAAGCCCGAGAUUGCUACCUGCGGCUACUGCGGUCUUCCCUUCGCCCACGAGCAACACCGUGCCUACCUCAAGUCCCUCCCCGCCACCAGCUACCCUCUCGAGCCCACUGGUGAUGCCGCCGAGGUGAACGAGAGCCAGCGUGUGACCGAGGGUGGAUUCGAGCAGCGGUAA